AUGACCCCAUCUCCUGAUCGACUGAUGUUUACCCUGUUCAACCAACCUGAGUGGCGCGACAAGCCCGGCCUCAAUGCCUACGUUCUCCGAGCGGCUUUUCCAUCUCUUAGUUUUCUAUAUCGUCAAGACUUUGAAGAGUUUAAGGAUUCUUCACUCACCUUGAGUUUUGAUCGCCUAGUAUUUGUUGAUCGACAAGCUGCAAAACUCGCACCUCUGAAUGCGGCGGCUAACAAGAUGGUCGCCCAAGUCGGCUCAAUUCCCUCCGCCUCCCCCCAAUGGUGGGAACCAGUCAGACUUGCUGUUGUCGGUGCCAUUGAGGCCAGUUUACCGAACCCAAUCGUUGACAUCGCGAAUUGGAAGGCUCCACGGCCAAUGAUCACGUAUGUGAGUAGACAGGAGGCAGUCCAGCGUCGGCUUCGACAAGAGGAUCACGUGGAACUGGUCAAAGAGUUAGAAGCAUUAAAAACCCGCAAGGAUGUCGAUGUUGAUAUCGUUAUCUGGGAAAAGCUAUCAGCGGCUGAGCAGAUCAGAGUUGCAUCUCGUACAACGAUAUUUCUAUCAUUACAUGGAAAUGGUCUAUCGCAUCAACUUUGGGCACCAGUCACCCCAGGACUCUCUACAACAAUUGAGAUGUUAUACCCAGGAGGCUGGGCAAGAGACUUUGAAUUAGUAGCCACCAUGUUAGGUCGAAGACAUUACGCCUUUUGGGACGAUCAGCUUCUUUGGGGUAGCAAGAUGGCGCCUGGAAUGGUCAUGCCCGAUGGGUUUCAUGCUCACUCUACUCCAAUUAAACCUACAGCCGUUAUCAAAGUAUUGGAAGCUAUCCUGGAUAAGACAACUGUUCCGGCUCAUCAAUCACACCUUUGA